CUGGGGUGCAGGGGCGACCCCUGCAUCCCCCCGACGCAGUCGCGGGGGGAGCCCUCCAAGCAAGGGUGCCCAGAUGGAGUGCCACCCUGCAGCCUGCUCCCGGGCAGCUGCCGGUGAGCGCUGUGAGGCUGGCACUCUGUCGAAGGGCUCGCUUUCGCGGCCUGCGGGGUCGGAAAGACGGGCGCCAAGUUCUGCCGUGGGCCCGCUGAAUUUGGGUCACACGCGGCUUCCUUGCCCUCCCCCAACUGGGCACCGCUGCCUGAUUGCUGGCACAGAGAGGGGGGUCCCGAUGGAGGGGGCAGACCAGGAGCCAGCUGUGCAGACCCACCAGGGUUCUUCCCCGCCGAGGGAGAAGCCCUUCCCCUUCUCUGCCUGGGAGGAAAGCUCGGGGGACGAGAACGGCCUGGUCAUCCACAGCCAGGUGGAAGAAGAGGAGCACAAGUGCGCCAUGUGUGGAGAGAGCUUCAGCCAGCCUCUGGGCCUCCUGCGCCACCAGAAGCAGCAGCACGCCGGGGAGCGGGCCUUCGUGUGCCCUGAAUGCGGCCGGGGUUUCAGCCUCAAGCACAACCUCAUCAUCCACCAGCGCAUCCACACCGGCGAGAAGCCAUUCGGCUGCGGCGUCUGCGGGAAGCGCUUCAGCCUCAAGCAGAACCUCCUCACCCACCAGCGUGUGCACGGGGGCCCCACCAGGCGGCCCUUCUCCUGCCCCGUCUGCGGGAAGAGCUUCCGGGACGAGCGCCUCCUCCUGGCCCACCAGAAAAGGGACUGUGGCACGGCCGGCGAGCAGGAGCAGGAGCAGGGGGGCCUUGAGGGCCAGCAGGCGCACGUCCCAGGUGGCGAGGGCGAGCCAGAUUUGGCACAGAGGCCGCUGAGGGUCAAGCACCAGGAGAAGCCCCACCAGAACAGAGCCGCCUUUGCCCGCCGGGGGUCUGGGGAACCCUUGGGGGGCAGAAGUGGCCUUGCAGGCCCUCAGAGGACCCAGCGAGCUAAAGAGGAGGGCCGGCGGGGCAUCAGCCUGGAGGAGACCCCGAAAGGCCCGAAGCAGAGGCUCCGCGCGGGGGACGCCCCCUUCCAGUGCCUGACGUGCGGGAAGAACUUUUCCCAGAAAGGCCACCUUGCUGCCCAUCGGAGGAGCCACCUGGAGCAAGAGACCCCCAGCUGAGGCCGGGCAGAGGGGAUAUGCCUGAG